AUGUGUCAUUUUCUAUAUGGCGAUAAGGCUGCGAUGCUUGCCUUCUUAGUGAUAUCCAAUGUACUUUGGUUUUCUGUUCUUGUAUCCUGGGUAUUUACUUUCAUUAGGGGACCGGGAAUCAUGCCAUGCAGGAUCCCACCUUACGAAUUAUCAAACUUUAUCCAUGAGGGAGAAAAGUUCAAAAAUGUCAAAAAUACUGAUGUCUCAGACGAAAAGAGUGAUAUAUCUUCGGAGUCGUCAUUAACCGUUCCACUGAAUCGCAAUGUUAUUCCUCCACCCGAUAUAUUUGAAUGUGAUUAUAAUGGUUUACCCUUUUGGUGCUCUGAGUGCUCCACAUUGAAAUUACUACGAUGUCAUCAUUCCUCCGUCAAAGACCGGUGUAUUCCAAUGUUCGACCAUUUCUGUACAUUCGUAGGUUCCACAAUAGGAAAAGAUAACUUUGGUUUCUUUCUUUAUUUUCUUUUCUCAAUGCAAACAUUGAUGUAUUUUACAUGUAUUAGCAUCAUAGUUUACUCUGGAGUUUGGGGUCAUUUGCAUGCCGCUUUAAUUGUAUUCCUUAUCACAACUGGUUUUAUGGCCAUAUUGGUCGGAAAUUUGGCUUUCAACACAGUAGGUGACAUUUAUCUGGGUCAAACUACCAUAGAACGGCUACAAAGAACCCGAACAAAGAAAAAGAUUGCAAAGAGCCAGUCUAAUGAAAACGAUCAAACCGAUCUAGGAGAAUAUGUGAACGUGCAACAUCCCACCAAUAGAAAAUUACGAGUUCUAGUCAAACUACUACCAUCCGACAAACCAUAUAACAAUGGAUUCAGAAAAAAUCUUAGGUUAUGGUAUACUGAUUUCACUAGAUUGGGAAGUCCACAACAAAUAUUAAUGUUCCAAAACUCUAUGUUCAGUGAGAAAUUCAAAGAGAGCAUUUCAGAGAGAAUAAAUUCAGGAAAUUACGUGAUUUUUGGCUCGCAAUCGAAAUUACAGUCGAGUUCACCCUCUCAUUUGAAAAUCAAGGAUAUGUAA